AUGGCCGAAAUCCCCGAUGAGCUCUUGAACGUCACACUUGAUGAUUUUUUCCAGUUCUUGCAGUGUCAGCUGUGCUUGGAGGCGUCGACAUGCCUCGAUGAAGAGUUGCAGCUUAAGGAUCAGAAGGCUGUUGACGUCUGGCCGCUUUUCCGAACUUGGGCACAGCCAAAUCUCGGCAAAAAGGAGAAGUGGGUUCCAUUUCAUACCGUUCUGGGACCUCACGAAUUUUUCGUUGUAACACAGAUCCUUCACAACGACGAUCUUCCCUGGAACGCGUGGCAACGCUUUUUGGCUAUGUUUGUCUAUCGGGCACACUGCAAGGGCGCAGUGUUUCGCGAGGCUCAGCUUCCGAGAAUGUUGCAAGAAGACUUUUGGAAAGACCCCGUAGCCCAGUUCGCUGACGACGGUGCGAUGACCCAGGCCAUGCUGGACUUCCGGCGCCGUACCCGUCAGCCUUUGCAAACUGGAGCGUUUCUGUCGAUUCCACAACGGCUUUGCCCAGAUGAUGAUGAGAACUUAGCCAGGAAUGUGGCCCGGCGCACCCGGACCUUGCUGGAAAUUGCCGAGAAGGUUUGGCCCGUUAUUCAAGAUUCUUCAUGCAGCAGCUCGGAAAAGUUCCGCUGGAUAUCUGGAACAAUUCGGUCGGCCCAAGGAUUGGGAGAAACAUGGACCAAGAUGCUGAUGGUCACGAUGGAUAUCGCUUAUCCAGACUUAAACCUGCUAGCUGAGUCCUGCAAUGUGGGCCUUGGAGCUUUCAAGGCUUUCAAGCGCCUCGCACCUGACCAUAAGAACUCGCCGAGACGCUGCCAACAGAGCCUUCAGAAGAUCACUGCCGCGGCGAACCUGUCCACGUCCGAUGCCGCCCUAGGCUUCUGGUCUUUGCUGGAUGAGGUAGAAAUCCUGGCCAGGCGGCGCUUUCCUGGAUCCCCGUUGAUACUGGCCCAGGUCAGCACUUCCCGUGGCCAGCUCAGCGCUUCAACAGUGCAGGUGCAACUCUGCGAGUGGCGACAGUUUCAGGAUUUCUUGGAUAAGCAGGGAGGAAUCGACGUGCAGUCGGAACAAGCGGAGGCGACAGAGUUGACUGCCCACUGCAAGGAAGAAGAUAAGGCAAUUUUGGACACCCCCACAAAGCGGCCUCGGCUUCGGUGGGGUGCAGCUGUGAGCUCAGAGCAGUCGGAGCACCGCUUCCUUUCUGCAGCCACGGAGCUGCUGGAGACGCUGAAGCAGGAGAUGGCGCAGGUAAACCUUUCCAUCAAGCAUGCCCAAGAAGACCUGCGAGACUGUGAAGUGAGGAGGAGUCAAGCGGAGGCCAGGCUCUUGACCGCGAUGCGAGCGACGAGCGAUGCCGAGCUGAACCUGCGAAAGAUCAGACCCAACCUGACGAUCUGCGCACUGCUUGCGGAGCACGAGAGGCAAAUUUCAGAGGUCGCCGAAGCCGGCUUGGCCAAACUGCAGGCGGCCUGCGAUCGGCUCUCUUCGACACAAGGAAUCCUUCACGUGGCAGCCACAAGCCACCACGCCAGCGCCUACGCUGCCCUCCCAGAUGUGCCUGCAUCCUUGGCCAGUCACCUCGCGCGCGGAGUGGAUGCGCGGCUUAACCACACGCGGGAGAUCCUCGAGAGCGUCAUUCUGCGCCGAGACGCGCACCGCCAGAAGGUGCAGUCGGAGAUCCUGGGGCCCAAAGAGGCCUGGGAUGCACGCGAGGCCGGCUCGGGCCGCAAGGGUGUGAGAGAUUUCGCUUCGAAAGAGUUCCUUGAAGAGAUAUCUAUUCGGGGCAGAGACGGUUAG